AUGACAAAUCUCAACGGUGGUUAUAUAAAUCCACAGGACAGGCCAUCAGGAUUUGAUGAUGGUGAUGACGGCUUUGGAAGCAAGAAGCAAAAGACUCUGGAAGAUUGGAAAAGGGAGCAGCAGGAACGAAGACAUCUUUACGAGAAUGCUCCACCUCCAGAGCACAUUUCGCAGGCGCCGAAGUGCAUCGAAUGUCAAGUUAACAUUGAGAUGGAUCCUGUGAUGGAUGAUAUAUUCAAGCUAAAGGUCUGUAAGUCAUGCGUUAAACAGCAUCCAGAAAAGUACUCGUUACUCACUAAAACUGAAUGCAAGGAGGACUACUUUCUCACCGACCCAGAGCUCAACGAUCCUGAGCUCUUCCACAAGAUGGAAAAGCCAAACCCGCAUUCAGGCACAUUUGCAAGGAUGCAGCUCUUUGUCAGAUGCGAAGUGGAACGGUUUGCAUUCAAGAAAUGGGGUAGCGAAGAAGGUCUCGAUAAGGAGUGGCAUAGACGAGAAGAGGGCAAAUCACAGAGACGUGAGAAGAAAUACCAGCAAGAAAUGCUUAAAAUGAGGAUGAAAACUAGAGCACAAGAGUUUACAACAAGGCUUAAGGAAAGAAAGCAUGGAAAGGCACAUGUACACAACUUUAGCGCUCCGAUAGAUGGUGGAACCAACGAUGACGGUUACCAAGUUCUGCGAAGAAGAUGCAUUGACUGCGGUCUAGAAACAGAAGAAGUAAGCAUUUGA